AUGGAUUCGAACGAUCCCCCCACCUCGACAGGCCGGGGCACGGAUCUCGACCCUCAUGCCCCCGAAGUACCGCCGACAUCCAAAAAAGAAACGACUGUUCCGGAUCAAGGCCAUAAUACCUCCAUGGACAGUACGACUGUAGGCGGCACGGAUCGAGUAUAUCCUAUUCGGUCAAUCAUCUCCUUUAAUCCCGUUUCCACAGACAUUACCCAGCAAAGCAUACCAAAUGAAAUGCGUUCUCCGCGAAGUGGUGCUCGUUCAUAUUCAAUUAUCGACGCCGAUACUUGGGACCAAUUGAGUUCACAAUCUGCUAGUUCGCCACAUACCAAUCCUUCUCCCAACGCGCCUGUCCAUAGUCCUGAGUCGACCGGUCGGCUCUCGCAGCAGUCUUCUGAUGUCUUCUCGCCGGCCUCGAGCGCUGCCGAGCGAGACGCUCCGCCGGAUGAGAGCUCCACGUACAGGAAAGUCGCGCCGGAAGAGGGCCAUGCGAGCCUUGUUACUUCGCGGUUCCAGCACGUGGUCACGGCGGCGGGUCAUGCUGUUAUAACAGGCAAUACACCUGAUUCUUUUCGGGCCUGUGAAGACGAACCGAUCCACAUUCCGGGCGCCGUGCAAACCUUUGGCGUCAUGCUUGUUUUGCGCGAGACACCUGAGGGUUCACUAGCAGUCCAUGUAGCUAGUGAAAAUUCUGAGGCUAUUUUGGGUCAUUCGCCAAGUAACCUUUUUGCGCUGGAGAGUUUCUCUGACCUCCUGCAAGACGACCAGACCGACAUCCUCCUCGAUCAUAUUGACUUCAUCAGAGACGAUGGAUAUGACCCCGUUAGCGAUGGCCCAGAGGUAUUUAUCCUUGCUGUUAAGGAUCGACUUAGCCGUCCUCGACGCUUUUGGUGUGCCAUCCAUGUAAACCCCGCUCACCGGGAUGUGCUCAUCUGUGAGUUCGAAUUGGAGGACGACCGCAUUAACCCUCUCAACGUUGCUGGGCGCACAACACCUACAUCCCCGACGGAUACCUUGGGCUUUGAACCAACACCUGAUCAAUUAGCAAGCAGCACUGUGAACAUCAGCCAGCCGCUACGAGUGCUUCGGAAUGCACGCAGAAGGAGGGGCGAAGCAGCUGCCAUGGAGGUAUUCAGUAUUGUUAGCCAGAUUCAGGAUCAGCUUGGUGAUGCCCAAAACAUGGACGCUUUGCUAAACAUUACGAUUGGCAUAGUUAAGGAGUUAACGGGAUUUCACCGCGUGAUGAUAUAUCAGUUUGAUAGCGAGGCCAAUGGAGAUGUGGUGGCAGAAUUAGUCGACACGAGAAUGACCAAGGACUUGUAUAAGGGAUUACAUUUCCCAUCGUCGGAUAUUCCAAAGCAAGCCCGCGACCUGUAUCGUCUCAACAAAGUACGCAUACUCUACGACCGUGAGCAGAUGAGCUCACGGUUGGUGUGUCGAGGCAUCGAGGAUCUCAAGACUCCUCUAGACAUGACACAUGCCUACUUGCGUGCAAUGUCGCCUAUCCACAUCAAGUACCUAGCGAACAUGGGGGUCCGUGCGUCCAUGUCGAUCAGUAUCAACAACACGCAUGAUCUUUGGGGUCUGAUCUCCUGCCACUCAUAUGGAGACGCCGGCAUGCGAGUACCUUUCCCGAUUCGGAAAAUGUGUCGGUUGAUCGGUGAUACACUUUCUCGGAACAUCGAGCGUCUUUCUUACGCAUCACGUCUCCAGGCACGCAAGCUCCUCAACACCAUCCCUACGGAUGCAAACCCCUCGGGUUACAUAAUUGCCUCAUCGGAUGACUUACUGAAGCUUUUUGAUGCGGACUACGGCGCAUUGUCUAUCAGAGGGGAGACCAAGAUCCUCGGAAAGUCAACCGAGUCACAGGAGAUGCUGGCUCUGCUAGAGUUUCUCAAGAUCCGCCAGCUCAAUUCCGUCGUUGCAUCGCAUCAUGUGAAGAAGGACUUUCCAGACUUGCGUUACCCGCCGGGCUUCAAGGAGAUCUCGGGCAUGUUGUACGUGCCUUUGUCGGCCGAUGGCAAGGACUUUAUCGUCUUCUUCCGCAAGGGCGAGCUGACGCAGAUCAAAUGGGGUGGUAAUCCUUAUACUAAACUCCUGCAAAAUGGUCACCUCGAACCUCGCGCGAGUUUCCAGGUCUGGACUGAGACUGUCAUGGACCGGGCUCGUGAAUGGAGCGAAUCGGAAGUAGAGACUGCAGCCGUUUUAUGCCUGGUCUAUGGCAAAUUUAUCAAAGUAUGGAGACAACAGGAGGCUGCGUUGGAAGGUUCGCAGUUGACGAAGCUGCUUCUGGCUAAUUCAGCCCACGAAGUCCGAACCCCGCUGAAUGCCAUUGUCAAUUAUCUAGAAAUUGCUCUCGAAGGUGCCUUGGACACGGAGACUCGCGACAACCUUACCAAAUCAUACUCCGCCUCGAAAUCAUUGAUCUACGUCAUCAACGACCUAUUGGACCUGACCAACACCGAAAAGGGACACAAUUUGAUCAAAGAUGAACCCUUCGAUCUUCCGUUAUGUUUCAAGGAAGCGACCGGCAUGUUUUCCGGCGAGGCGCACCGGAAAGGAAUAGAGUAUACGGUUCACGCCCACCCCGGGCUCCCGAAGACCGUUAUGGGUGAUGAACGGCGUGUUCGGCAGGCAAUCUCAAAUCUGAUCUCAAAUGCCAUCCAGCAUACAUCUACGGGUGGCGUCACUGUCGAAAUGUGGCGAGCCCCUGGCAAUCCAGAGCCUGGGUUUGCAACCAUACACAUGACGGUGCUUGAUACGGGGACCGGAAUGUCGUCCGCUAUACUGGAGACGAUGUUCCAGGAAUUGGAGCAGGUCUCCUCGGAGGACGACAGCUACUUUUUCGACCGAGAUCCUAACAAUAAUUCGCAGCAUACUGAGAGUGAACGCCAGAAAGGUGUCCUCGGGUUGGGGCUCGCUUUGGUGUCUCGCAUUGUACGGAAUACCCACGGUCAGCUCACCGUGCGAUCGGAGGAGGGCAAGGGUAGCCGCUUCCAGAUUUCGCUACAAUUUGCUACACCAGAGGAUACGGAUUUUGACCAACCCGAAACCCCACAAACGUCGACGCAGGACGAUGGCGCCAUCCCUUUUGAGGCCAAGGAAGAGUUUAUCUUGGUCGACAGCAGCUCGUCUGCACCAAGUGAUGGAUGGCGACGCAGUGGUAGCUAUCGUGGCGCGAAUAGCCCGUCUGCAGACGAGCUGGACGACAAACUGGUAGUUGAGGAAUCUAUUGAUCGUACAAAAGACGAAGCUGCUGGUCUGCUUCCCUCUUCAGAUCGCCGGAAACUCGUUACGCUGCCUUCCACCCCUGAAAGAUUGGAUGACGUCACACGUGCUUUGCAGCAGAACGUGCAGAAUCUGUCCAUAUCCGACAAACCGGCAAGCACUAUUGCAGGCCCUGCAGGACCCGCUCCAACGAGUGCUCCUGCAGGCUCGGACACUAAAGCCCCGUCUGGCAAGUACCGCGUUCUGGUGGCCGAAGACGACCCUAUCAAUGGCAAGAUUGUACAGAAGAGGCUCGGGAAGCUAGGCCACACCGUCCAACUGACAGUAAACGGUGAAGAAUGCGCAGCUGCAUACCGAGCCGAUUCUGCGCAAUAUGAUGUCGUCUUGAUGGAUAUCCAGAUGCCGAUUGUGGAUGGUAUCAAAUCGACGGAAAUGAUCCGCGAGUUCGAAACGUCGUCCGAUUCGAUAGAGCUCUCGUCGGUCGCAAAGCUGAACAAUCGAAUCCCCAUAUUUGCAGUUUCAGCCUCUCUUCUAGAGAAGGACAUGUCCCUAUAUGUUGAUGCAGGCUUCGAUGGCUGGGUCAUGAAACCCAUCAACUUCAACCGACUCAACGUGCUUUUUGAAGGCCUUCAAACGGGAGAUACAAGAAACGCUGCUACGUAUCAUCCGGGCUGCGACUGGGAACAAGGCGGCUGGUUCACGCCUAUUCCCGAGAAGCAGUAG